UCGUGCGAGAGUCGACCGGAGCCGCUCCCCAUGUGGAGAGCAGGCAAUUCCCAAACACACCACCUACGCUUCUUCAAAAGGUCGUUGCAGAAAAGCAGUUGGCGAUGAACGCGGUCGGUGGCGAGCACUUCUGUCUGCGAUGGAACAACUACGAGAGCAACUUGCUGAGCGUGUUCAACCAGUUGCUGGAAGACGAGCAGCUGGUGGACGUGACCCUGGCGUGCGAGGGCCGCUCGCUCGAGGCGCACAAGGUGGUCCUGUCCGCGUGCUCGCCCUUUUUCCAGCAGCUGCUGGUGGCCUCCCCCGACCGCCACCCCAUCAUCAUCCUCAAAGGGGUCAACUUUGCCGAGCUGCGCAUCCUUUUGGACUUCAUGUACAAAGGCGAGGUCAACGUUGAGCAGGGCCAGCUCAAAGACCUCCUGCAAACGGCCGAGGCCCUCAAGGUCAAAGGACUGUUCGGCUCAACCAACACCAGCACCAUCCAACAAGUGGCGACCCCUGCCAGAAGAAAGAGACCCUCGGACGUAUCGCGGCCCUCCAGUCCGAAGUUCGCCACGACUUUGUCCCAAAACACAAAGGACUCGUCGCCAAGUACUGAUAGUGAGAUAGAAGAUAAUUACGUAAAUAAAGACUUAGUUUUUUGCACGUCGCCCCUUGCGCAGCAGGAAAGGCUCAGCGCACCACCACAACCUGAUCCCUCACCAGGCCCUUCUGGAUAUUUGCCAGUGCCCGUGCAAGAAGUUCCUAUGUCCCUGAAAAAGGAGCCACCUGAUCCAGAAGAAAAAUACUCAGAUGACGAAGUCGGUCAGGAGGAUGAGCAGACUGGCUUUCUGCAGUCUGCGUUAAAUUUGCGAUUAAAUCAAUGCGUCGAGAAGGGUGUGCUAGGCUACCCCCGGGAUAUUGGACGUGCCCUCCACGAGAGCAGGCGACGCGGCUGGGUGUCCCACAGGCCAGGGUUUGCCGUCCUUCCAACACUCCCUGGGCGCAGUGCUACGUUUCUGCCGGCGAAGCCCGUGAUAGACCAGGCAGUGGACAAUAAUGGUGGUGAGGCCAGAGUGAACUGUAAGUUUUGCGACAAGCCGUUCAUGGACCAGAACGCGCUAGUGGCGCACGUAGCGGUGCACAGCGGCGACCGACCUUUCAAGUGCAGAUAUUGCCAUAAGGGGUUUAAGUUGCGGCAUCACCAAAGAGACCACGAAAGGGUGCACACAGGCGAGAAACCCUUCAAAUGCAGCAUUUGCACCAAAACGUUUUCGCGCUCCACCAUUGUCAAAGCCCACGAGAAGACUCACAUCCCAAAGUUCUUCCGCAACAAAAACCAAAUAACCCUCCCAUCGCAAAUCGAAUGAAUCUUUCACUUCAGUUUCAGCUUCGCCUUCAGAUUUCCAAGAUUUAUUUCAACGCAAGGACGAAGUUGUUUCAAAUCAUUCAAAAUAUCUAUUAGAACUUAGAUCUGAGCAGGGGAUGUCGGAUCCGAUUUUCGGUCAUGUAUGGAAACAAAGGGCACCAGCCAGUAGAGAAAGAGAGGAAAGGUGGGGAAGUUCACCAUGACUGCUGGUGCAUUGUGCAUACCAUCUUCCCUCUUUUUCUUUGCGCUCACUGCUCGCCAAGGUCAAAUAAGCAGCCAAUAGAAAUUUGGUGCUAUUUGAGGCAUUGCUGAUGCGCCGUAUGGCUAAAAACGAUAUGCGGAUCUGACAUCCCCUGGAUCCGAGAUUGUAAUGUGCUUCACAGAUUCUAGACAAAUGAAAUUGGGUGUAGCAACGUCACUUUGAAAUAGUUAAUAUCUUCCUUCAAGAUAAAAAAAAUUAAAUUUUCAAGUUAAUGUUGGCAAAAGGAUAUGGAAAUCCUUGAUUUUCUUCAUUCUUUAAUUUACAUUUUGAAAGAGUGAUCAUUUAAUAAGCAGAAAGUCUAUGUUUCGCAUUUUAUUUCUAUUCAAAUAUGAAUAAGCAUGAAUAAGUAACCACUUUUUAUAGAGUAUUCCAUCUACAUAAAAUAUUUAUUUUCAAUUUUUGCAAAAUUUCCUGCAAUUUUAAGUAAAGUUGAUCUCUUUAUGACUGAUUACUUAAAAAUAAUAAUAAUUGACCAUAGUGGAGCUUACUAAAAAUGAGAUUUCUGAGCAAUGUGCCAGCUUUUUCCAUUUUAUAAAAAAAUAUGAGCUGAAAAUCUCUGAUUAAAUUAAAAUAGACCAAUGAGUAGUUUAAAAUUGAAACAAUUCCGAAUUUUAGGGGUAAACGUUGUGCCCAAAUAGACAUUAUUAAUUAUAUAAAGCACAGAAACUCUAGCUCUUAGCUUUUUGCGCUCUGAAGCUAGUUAGCUGUUCAAGCAAAUCAUGGACGUUUCUGAAUACAGGUAUGGAAAAACCAUGCAUUUUUAAGAAAUAAAGACUUUAUUUGGCGAAUUUAAAUGAGGACACGGACAAAAGACUUGAAAUGACAUCCAAUACUAUGCCGUGAUAAGAAAAAAGGAAGACAUAAUGCGAUAUAAAACGAAUUUCUCACAACAUAAGAAUUUAUAGAAACCUUGCCAUUCUGUAGCUGGUCACAUUAUUAAUUAUUAUACAUAACCCUAAAUGUCAGGGAUUUUCAGCCCUCUGGCAUAUUUUUUAGAAUUAUAGUUGACGCCUAAACUGGGGUGUUGCUUUAUUAAAAGUCAAUUUUCAUCGUCGAUAUAAUAGAAUUUUCCAUGUGUGGAAAACAUUUCUUACAAAAUAUGUGUACGCAGUCUUUCUGUGAUGAGGCAAUCAACACGAGACAUGCACAGAUAGAAAAAGGCAGCAGAGAGACUCGCAAAUCCAGCCACGUUCUACACUGUGAUCCAUAUAAAGGUUAUAAGUGCGUUGAUUUCGAAAACCACUCCAAGUAAUUGUUCAAAGAAAUAAUCAAGAGAGAAAGAGUGAGAGAGACACGCAGAUAAAAAAACGCACAAAUUUGUUUGUACUCGCGUUCUGAAAUUUGUUACAGAGUGUUGGGAAAGAUGUAAUGAGAUAAAAGAAGUGUAAAUCGAUUCUGACCAUUCAGAAAGACAAAAACAGCUUUCAUUUGGAAGCGCAAUAUAAUUUCGGAAUUUGUCAUUUGUGCACAAAAAAUGCCCAAGAUAAGAAAUUUAUUCUGGAUACUAGCAGACAAAUUACUUAAAUAAUUACUGACGUUGAAAUUGAGAUCAAAAUAUUCGCGCUUUCAUUCUAAUAAUUGAUGGAAACGGGAACUAUUCCUACUUUGAAUUUGAAUCUUGAAAGAUGAUUCAGUGUAUUGGCUUUUAAUAGUGUUUCUUUCGCUGGGAAAGUUGAACCAUUUUAAUGAACUCUCUAAUUUUAACUCUUGUAACUUUUAAUUUUGCGAACUUUUUGAUCCAGACCUCAGUUUCAGUGAUCGAAAUUUUGUGCUCAUCUCAAUUCGAAAUAUUUGCUUUUAAUGGGAAAUUAUAUGAGUGUGUGUCAAAGCCAAAAUAUAUAAAUAUGAAGAAAACGUUUUGUAUGCGCAUGAGUGUUUUGCCCAUACAUGUUAAUUGUCAUUAUGAUUAUAAGCGUUUCCAUUUCUUGCGUUGUACUGUCAAAAUUAUUCCUACCAAGAGUUUAUUAUUAAAACUGUAAUUUCGGCUAUAGCUGUCCUGCAUUGUGUGUAUCGUCACGCUCAAUAUCUUAAAAUGUUAAGAGGUGAUUUGUUUAAUUGUGAGAAAAAAUAAGCAAUUUCAUCUUAACCAUUUAAUUUAAAUCGCCUCGUGAGAUAAUAUGUAUGUGAACUUGAGCUGAAGAGUCAUUUGAGAGAAAGAGAAAAAUGUUUUUCAACACAAUCUGUACUGAAAACACGAGAAAAAAAAACAAAACAUAGUUUCUGAUGGAGUUUUGACUAAAAAUGAGAAGAAGACACUCAUAAUAAUUACACGUGAAUACGCGCAUUGUUUAGAAGAAGAAAAGACGUUGAAAAUAUAAAUAAAAAUAGAUCCAAUCUGCUUUAUACAAGAGAUGGAGCUUUCA